UUCUGCCAGUUGACUUUCUAACCUUAUAACAUUUUCUAGACUAGAACUAGAAGUCAUAGUCCUAGCAUAACAAAACUAAAAUGAGUUCCCAAGAUAAUCAAAAUGACCAAGGAUCAUCAUCAGAAAAACUAUCACAUGGCGUCGCCGCCGGUAUUUUUCAGACCAACACCGUCAUCACCACCUUCUACCGCCUAGUCAAUGCCAUUGGCACCUCCGAAGAUACUCCUGAUCUCCGCCAAAAGCUACAUCGUACAAGGUAUCAUGUAAUGACAUUGGUAAAAGAUGUUUCUGCCAAGCUCAAAACAUUGAGUGAUUCCGACCACGCUGCUAAUGUCCCUAAGCGCAAAAAAAUUGAAGAUGCUAAGCUUGCAAGAGAUUUUCAAGCGAGUGUGAAAGAAUUUCAGAAAGCUCAGAAACGCGCCUUGGAGCGUGAAUCUUCUCACAUUCUAUCUGGUGCUCCUACAUCUGCUGUAACAGACUUAACCGGCGAAGAAGCAGCUCAGGACGUCGAGAGCCAACCUUUCUUAGAGAAAAAGAGAUCAAUAUGGUUGGAUGGUAAGAUUGAAUUUAUUGAAGAAACUCUUGAGGAGAGGGAGCAGGAAAAAAUCAAAGAGAUGCAAAGCCGACUUGAUGAAAUUCUUGAAUUUAAUAAAGAGCUUGCUGCUCAGCUACACGAGCCGGAUGUAUUAAUUGAUGGUACGCAUUCUAAAGCUGAAGUUUCCUCUGCUGGAUCAAGUGAAUCAAAACCACAGCUUUGUAGGGCUUCUAAUAGUGGAAGAUCAUGUUCACCUUUGUAUUGGUGGUUACUGGUCUUCAUCGUGAUUGCAGCUAUCAUCGUCUUGCUUAUCUUAAUCCUAUAGACCGCGAAAGUUCGUUGAUGGAUUUGCUGGAAUGUGAAAUCUGUAACAGGCCUAUAUUUCUUCCCCUUGAGAUUUGAGGCCAUGGGAGCUGUAUACAGCAAGAAAAUGGCUUGUUGUGUUUAUUCGAACAGCUUGUUUUCUAUGCGAGUAGAAAAAAUGUGAAAGUGUCUAAUUAUGGUGUGCGGUGUGUUAUAUUUAUUGGGGAUGUACACACCAUUGAACAGUUAAUAUCUUGUCACAAAAAUUUACAACAUUUCUUGUUUGCAUAUUUCAAAAGAUGAAGAGUAUUGUUUUUUCAAGAGAAUUGUAAACGAGCGGGCUAAUUACUAAUACAGCAAAAGUAAAU